AAUACGCAAUUUGAUGUGAUCGUUGAAGAUUUUUAUACUUUUUGUACUAAAGUGAGAAAUAAAACGUUUAAAAUGUCUGGAAUUAAUCGUCCGUUGAGCCAGAUGCGGAAACUCGAAACGAAGGAGGCUGUAUUUCGGGCAAGAAAGCGAAUACUUAAAUAUCUAGUGCUCAGUUUUCUUAAGCAAGAGGGUCUAAUGAACACCGCAGAUGUCCUCGUCACCGAAGGCGGCCUCACCAAUGAGUAUGAGCUCUGCGAUAAUAUUGAUCUCGACAUCAUACUACAGGACUAUUGCAGUUAUUACCUUAUUCGAUUUAACAAGCAGCCACAGUUCUGUCGGAAAGUGGAAGAACCAAUUCGUAGGCCACAGACCAGACGAGUGAAGCCAGAGACUGUGGCUGCUAUGCCGGAACCAGCACCACAAAACCCAGACUUACCUUCUAGCUUCACCAUAACUAAGCUUUUACAGGAUAGCCCAGAAAAUAUUGAACAUAAGAUACCAGCGAUAGAAAGAAAGCCUUUAAAAGAUUUUUUGUCAAGUUUGUCUUCAGAUAAAAGGCACCUCGUGGAGAUUUUGUACCAGGACAUCAUAAGGCCCUCAGAGGUUUGUUGGGAAGACGUUAAAGGCUUGAACACCGCCAAGAAUCUGCUCAUGGAGUCUGUGGUUUAUCCUGUACGAUACCCAGAAGUAUUUACUGGUCUAUUAGAACCAUGGCGAGGGGUUCUACUACAUGGUCCUCCUGGUACCGGAAAAACCAUGCUGGCGAGAGCGGUAGCUGCAGAAAGUGGUUGCACUUUCUUCAAUGUCACUUGUAGUACCGUUAUUAACAAGUGGAGGGGCGAGUCGGAGAAAAUUGUCAAGGUGCUUUUCGAAAUGGCGUCGUACUACUCACCAUCCAUUGUCUUCAUAGACGAAGUGGAAACCCUGGCGUCUCAGCGCGCGACUUCUGGAGAACACGAGGCGUCACGUAGGCUGAAGAGUCAGCUCCUGACAGAACUGGAUGGCAUUACUCAGAGGGAUGGCAUUGUGUUCCUCCUUGCUAAUUCUAAUAUGCCAUGGGAAAUCGACACAGCUAUGUUGCGACGUUUAGAAAAACGCAUCUGCAUUCCCUUACCGGACGCCAAAACACGAGCUGAACUAUUCCAGGGUUAUCUAGGAAAAAAUAUAGAGCUUGUGCCGAAAGUAGAUUUUCAGGAGUUGGCUAUAAAGACCGAGGGCUAUUCUGGUAGUGACAUCAAGAUGGUAUGUAAGGAAGCAUUGAUGGCUAGUGUUAGGAAGAUGCUUCCAAGUAUGGCGAGAAGUGCUUUGAACAAAAAGGACAAGAUAUGUUUAUCAGAUAUCUUGACUGCUAUCGAACGAACCAAGCCCGUAGCAAAGAAUUUGGAGAAACGGCAUAUGGAAUGGCAAAAUGAAAUGGGAUCAUGUUGAAGUUUGAACUUCGACUGGCGUAUGUCUUAUGAUUAUUUAUUGAUUUUUAUAAAAUAAUAUAUUAUUCACUAUCGUA